CUCGCGGCCAGCAAGCGAACACGCGCGAGAUGGGAAGACGCAAGCGCGACUUGUCCGAGCUGCCCACGGACACCGAGGAGGUCUUGCCUGCCGAGAGUCCGUCCAUUCUGGGGGGCAUGCUCAGUCUGGACGACGAAAUGCGACAGAAACCGGCGUUAAAGUCGCCCCGCAAGUCGCACAUCCCUAUUUAUGACCCUGCAAGAGAACCAUCGCCAAACAAGUCCAAGCCCCCCCAUCCGCCCAAACGAAAAUCCUCUUCUACUCUACCCGCUCCCAAAGAAAACGAAGCCAACAGAGACGCAAUACUACUCGAAGACAGCGUGUUUGUGCCCACCACCUCGCACGACGACGACGACAAAGAUGACAAUGAUCCUGCAAAACCAGUCGCAGUCCGUCUCGACUUUCCCAACAGCGUGACUGGAGCGCCGCCGGCACAAUUGGUCGAGUCCCGGCCAUCACCGCGAAAGACUAAGGCACCGCAUGGCCAUACUUCAAGUCACAAAGCAUGCCCGGCAGGUUCGCACCCUGUACACGCCAUAGCCAACAUGUCCCAGCCCACUAAAGAUUCAAGCCCUGGCGAGACGGUCGACGCCGCCGCCACUGUUGACAACCCUGAUGGCUUCGACGUCACUGACUAUGACGGAGAGAUUGCCAUCGUGAUCAAAGAGUUGGAGGCACUGAAUCUCCUCCACAAACAACUCAUGGAAGCCAAGGGCAAGCCAAAACAACAUCACGACCGCCAGGAGGAUUCGAGUGGAGACGUUGUGUCAACCGACGAAAGUCCCGCUACCACGGAGUCCAUUCCCCAAGCGCAUUCCCAGCCAAAAAGCCCACGCCAUGUGAGAACACUUUCCCACAAGGACGCGAACGAGAAAUCAACGAUUUCGCCAGUUCAAGCCAAGUCCCCAAAGAAAACCCGCCACUCGAAACAUCCCGAUGCGGCGCCUCCGGCAGCAUUGCCGCCCCUAACUGCAUACCCAUUGGCGGCCGUGCAAGAUGCCUAUCCGUGGAGCAAGUUUAUGCUGCAGCAGAUGCACCAACAAUUGCUACAGAGCCCGCACCAUGUCCAUGGCGCGUCGACGCCCGUCGUGUACGUUCCAAUCCUAAACCCCGCGUACAUGGCCGAAGUCAAGCACUCCCCAGCCGACAAGCAUCUGCAGCCACCGUCGCCGCCCACACCGACCAUUGCCACAUCGCCAUCGAAAGCCCCGGACCAUGUCGCUCCAGUUGAAACCACGGCGCCAGUUGCCGCAACGUCCCCAUCCAAACCCAUCGUUGUCAAACCGCGACCGGGCAAGAAAGCAAGCCCAAAACGACCUCCCGUCGUGAAGAAGCACACGUCCAGAGACCUAGUCUUCCCCCGGUAGUCGUUCGCCGCGUAUGUAUAGAUAACGACUCAAUGAAACGAACAUUCGUUUCUCGGUCAA